GGAAGGCGGCGGCGAGGGGCCUACGUCAGCGGCGGGAAAUCCCCCUCCCGCCCCGCUGCCUGCCGGUGCUCCGCCGGCGCCCGGGUCUCGCCCGCUCCGCCCCCUGUCCCUGCCCUGGCUCCCGCACCCUGGAAGGGCAGCGCCGGGCGACCCGAAGCGCGAGAAUUCAGGGGGUGGGAAGGUGUGAGCCGCAAGCCCAGAGGAGGGCGGGAAGGAGGAGGAGGCCCCGGGGGUGGUCAGGGGGACUGGGGUCCCUCUGGCAGAGGUCCCGCGGUCUCCCGACUGACUGGCUGCGGCCACCUCCGGCCCGGACGCUCGGAGCUGCUGCCUGCGGGACGGCGCGGUGAGCGGAGCCAUGGCCUCCGGUGGAUAUAACCCAUAUAUAGAGAUAACUGAGCAACCCAGGCAGAGGGGAAUGCGUUUUAGAUACAAAUGUGAAGGGCGAUCAGCAGGCAGCAUUCCAGGGGAGCACAGCACAGACAACAGCCGAACAUACCCAUCUAUCCAGAUUAUGAACUAUUAUGGAAAAGGAAAAGUGAGAAUUACAUUAGUAACAAAGAAUGACCCAUAUAAACCUCAUCCUCAUGACUUAGUUGGAAAAGACUGCAGAGAUGGCUACUAUGAAGCAGAAUUUGUACAAGAACGCAGACCUUUGUUUUUUCAAAAUUUGGGUAUUCGAUGUGUAAAGAAAAAAGAAGUAAAAGAAGCUAUUAUUUCAAGAAUAAAGGCAGGAAUCAAUCCUUUUAAUGUCCCUGAAAAACAGCUGAUUGAUAUUGAAGAUUGUGACCUCAACGUGGUGAGACUAUGUUUUCAAGUUUUCCUCCCUGAUGAACAUGGUAAUUUGGCAACUGUUCUUCCUCCUGUUGUCUCUAACCCGAUUUAUGAUAACCGUGCUCCAAAUACUGCAGAAUUAAAGAUUUGUCGUGUAAACAAGAACUGUGGAAGUGUCAGAGGUGGAGAUGAAAUAUUUCUACUUUGUGACAAAGUUCAGAAAGAUGACAUAGAAGUUCGUUUUGUAUUGAAUGACUGGGAAGCAAAAGGUAUCUUUUCACAAGCUGAUGUACACCGUCAAGUAGCCAUUGUUUUCAAAACUCCACCAUAUUGCAAAGCUAUAAUGGAACCAGUAACAGUAAAAAUGCAGCUUCGGAGACCUUCUGACCAGGAAGUUAGUGAAUCUAUGGAUUUUAGAUAUCUGCCAGAUGAAAAAGAUACUUAUGGCAAUAAAUCAAAGAAACAAAAAACAACUCUACUUUUCCAGAAACUGUGGCAGGACUGCGUUAAUUUUCCUGAGAGACCAAGACCUGGUCCCCUAGGAUUAAUUGGAGAAGGAAGAUACAUCAAAAAAGAAUCAAACUUGUUUUCUCAUGGUGCAGUUUUGACAGAAAUGCCCAGGUCUUCAGGAGUUUCAAGUCAAACAGAAUCUUACUAUUCUUCAGCUGUGUCCAUCUCAAGUGGAUUGUCCCAUCAUUCUUCAGCCUUACCCUCAAUGGUACCUCAGCCUUCUUCAAGCUGGUCAUCAGUGGCCCACUCCACGUCACGCUCAGUCAAUACAAAUCCACUGAAUAGUUUUUCAACAGGGACACUUUCCUCUAAUUCACAGGGCAUCUCACCAUUCCUGGAACCUGUAGGGAGUGAUUUAAAUGCUUCUAAUGCAUGCAUUUAUAACAAUUCUGAUGACAUGGGCAGAAUGGAAACAUCAUCCAUGUCACCAGCUGACUUAUAUGGUAUUUCUGAUGCCAACAUGCUGCCUAAUUGCCCUGUGAAUAUGAUGACAACCAGCAAUGGUAGCAUGGGGGAGACUGAUAAUCCAAGACUUGUAAGCAUGAAUCUUGAAAACCCUACAUGUAAUUCAGUGUUAGACCCAAGUGAUUUGAGACAGCUCCAUCAGAUGUCCUCUUCCAGUAUGUCAGCAGGCACCAGUUCUCAUACUACUGUUUUUGUUUCACAGUCAGAUGCAUUUGAGGGAUCUGACUUCAGUUGUACAGAUAACAGCAUGAUAAAUGAGUCGGGACCAUCAAACAGUACUAAUACAAACAGUCAUAGUUUUGUUCAAAGUAGUCAGUAUUCAAGUAUUGGCACUAUGCAAAAUGAGCAAUUGAGUGACUCCUUUGCAUAUGAAUUUUUUCAAGUAUAACUUGCAAGAUUUAAAUCCUUUUAAAUGUUUGCAGUCAUUUUGAUACCACUUAUAAUACCAGUCAUUUUGCAGUCAUUUUGAUACCACUUAUACAGAAACAGCAUUUUAUAUUUGUCUGACCAAGAAUAUGAUAUGGAGGUUUUUUGUUUGUUUUUGGGGGACGCUAGGUCAAAAACUUCUUUUUAGGGAAGAAGUAUAAAACUUUGGGUAUAUAGAAUAUAAAAUUGGGAAUUGUCAUAAAAAGAAAAUUCAGAAAUAGAAACUUUAAAAGGCUUUACUGUUUCUUCUUUUGAAAGAUAUGAACUGAUAGCAUGCAUGGUCUGAAUUCUCUCUUUAGAGGCCCACCAUAUUUCCGCAGGACGGACUCUGAAGAGACCAUUAAAACAAGCUUCCGGUUUUUCCCAAUGUGCAUUUUUCUACUUCUUUUAUAAUGUAUUAAUGUAUUCUUAGUUAAAUGAAUUAACUGAUAUUUGCUUUCAAGCAAAUUUAAGGUAAAACCUGUAAUGGCUAUGUCAUUGGAAAAAUAAAUUCCUUAUUAUUUUUGAGGCCCAUGGGCCAAGGUAACCCCUAAGGGGUUUUCUGAGGCUUCCUGGAGUUUCUUAGAUUUAUAUGUAAAUCAGACUGCUUUAAAAUGUUAAUUAAGUUGGGCAGAAGGCAGUUGAAGUGAGCUUUCAAGGUAUGGGAGGUUGUCUGCAUUUUAUACUAAUUAAACCCAUACCUUUAAAGUUACUUAGGAUUUUAGCUUUAUACCCAUAUUUUUUAAGGGGAAGAAGUUUCCUUGGACCUCUCUUCUUUCUUAGAUGUCCUCAUUCCCUGUGAUCUCAUAAAACUGCCUGUUUGUCAUCUCUACCUAGAAAUCUAAUUAAAGCUCAAACUCAACAUAUCCAAUACUGAGUUCUUCAUCUUCCCUCUCAAACUUGCUUCUCCUUCAGUCUUCCCCAACUCAGUAAAUGGCAAUGCCAUGCUUCUAGUUGCUCAGGCCAAAAACCUUGGAAUGGUCCUUGAUUCUUCUUUUAUUUCUUAUAUCCAUAGUCCAUUAGCAAAUCUAGUAGGCCCUACCAUAAAAGUGUAUCCAAAGCUGACCACCUCUUUUGACCUCUACUUUUAAUACCCUAUUCCAAGCCACCAUCGUCUCUUGCCUGGAUUGAAGCUAUGGUCUUCAAAAACCUCCUUGUAUCCUUAUCUUUGUGCUCUUGUUCCCCUAAAGUAGCCAGUCAAAUCAUGUCAUUCAUCUGCUCAGAACCAUCCAGUGGCUUCCCAUCUUACUCAGAGUAGAGGUAACAGUCCUUAAAAUCAGCAGGCCUAGACUUCCUGUCCCUCCUCAAGUACUAUCAUAUCCCCUUCCUCAUGCAGCUCCAGGCACUCUGGCCUUAGUGCACCAAGUAUACUCCUGCCUCAGACUCAUUGUAUUUGGUAUUCCCUCUGCCUUGACUGUUGUUCUCCCAGAUAGAUGCACAGCUCACUCCCUUACAUCCUUCAGGUCUCACUCAACUGUUACCCUAUCAAGGCCUUCCUUGACUAUACAUCAGCAUUCCCUGUCUACCUUGCUUUAUAUAUGUUCAUAGCACUUACCACCAUCUGACUUUACUAAGCAUUUAUUUGUUUACUGUUUGUUUUUCUGUACUGGAAUACAAGCUCCAUGAGGGCAGAAAUGUUUGUCUUUUGUUUACUGUUGAAUCUCCAAUUUGUAGAAAAUUGUCUGCCUCAUAUUAAGCACUCAGUAAAUAUUUACUGAACAUUUAAUUAUUACUAAUAGCAGUUGGGGG